AUGUUCAAGGGCGAGGCUCUCGGAUUGGAGGCGCUGCGUGCUGCAGGCGGCGUGUGCGUUCCGAAAGUCCUGCACUACGAUGACGACGGCAGUGGGGGCUCCUACAUCAUCAUGGAGAAGCUGAACAUGGGCGGUCGGGUCAAUAUGAAGGACUUCGGCAGGAAGCUGGCUGAGAUGCACCUGGCGGAGCCCGCGCAUCCAGAAGCCAAGUCGGGUAAGUUCGGCUUCCAGGUGGACAACACCAUCGGUGGAACUCCUCAGAAGAAUGCGUGGACAGAAGAUUGGGCCAGCUUCGUGAAAGAGCAACGCUUGGGGCCGCAGGUGCGAAUGGCGGGGAGCGGUCAGCUCACCCGAGUCUGGAAGCAACUCUUGGAGGAGACAGGUGAUCUAAGAGACCUCUUCAGUGAUGUCGAGGUGAAGCCGUCCAUACUGCACGGCGAUCUUUGGAGUGGCAACUACCAAGGCACACCUGAUGGGGUGGCCAUUUUUGAUCCUGCCACCUACUACGGCCAUCAUGAAGCGGAAUUUGGAAUGUCCUGGUGCGCGGGCUUCAACGGCGACUUCUGGAGUGGCUAUCGGGAGGUCAUACCCGAAGCGCCCAAGUACCGGCAGCGGGCGAAGCUCUACGAGGCAUAUCAUAUUAUUAACCACUAUAACCUUUUUGGUGGUGGUUAUCUUCAGCAAGGCAUCAGCCUGUUAGAAGCCUUGCUGAAGUAG